UUUUUGCCUUUCUUCUAUACCUUGAUUAUGUCCACUACCAUCUUGGAUUCUUGGAAUACAGCUACACCUUUUUCACCACCUGUUCCAGUGGCUCUAUGCCCCUUAUUGGCUUACUUUUGUAUAACUGGUGGAUUGGCAAGUUCUGGUUUAUUUGUAGUUCAAGGGAAACACACGCGACUUUUAAACCAGUUUCAAACAGCUUUUUUGGCCGCCAUCUUGUUAGGUUUUGGUGCUAUUUUCACUUCAAUCUCUAUUGGCAUCUUUGUAUAAAAAUGAACCCUUCAUUACAGAUGCUUCCUUUCUUUGUUUUUUUAUCAAUAAAAAUUCAUCAUUUUUCUUUAUAUGCGGAUAAUACUAUUUCAAUAAAUACAAGAAAUAUACAAGAUGUUUUUGUUAUGAAUACAAUAAUAAGAAUAUG